AUGCCUUCUUUCGAUCUUUCAUUCCUUUAUUGCUCACCUCUUUCCAUCUAUGCUAUAUUCGUUCGUUUUCUCAUCACUCUUUUGCUGCGUUUACUACUCAUUCAUUCAUUCCAAACAUUCUCUCUUGAUCCGUCUUUUUCUGGCUCUUCAUAUACAGCAAUCUCAGUCUUUUCACAUCUAUCUAUCUAUCUAUCUAUCUAUCUAUCUAUCUAUCUAUCUAUCUAUCUAUCUAUCUGUCUGUCUGUCUUUUCAUAUCUAUCUGUCUGUCUGUCUUUUCACAUCUAUCUAUCUAUCUGUCUGUCUUUUCACAUCUAUCUAUCUAUCUAUCUAUCUAUCUAUCUAUCUAUCUAUCUAUCUACCAUAGAGUACAUAUUACUAUCUCUCUUUAUCCCUCUCUCUCUCUCUCUCUCUCUCUCUCUCUCUCUAUCUAUCUAUCUAUCUAUCUCUGUCUGUCUGUCUCUCUCUUUGAGAGAAUUAUCGCUUCAUCCACCACCCGCUUUCUUUCUUUCUUUCUUUCUUUCUUUCUUUCUUUCUUUCUUUCUUUCGUUCGUUCGUUCGUUCGUUGCCUCACUUAUACCUUAUCUUUCUUUUAUCUGCCCCACACCUUUUCUUUCUUUCUUUCUUUCUUUCUUUCUUUCUUUCUUUCUUUCUAACUGGAACCGUUAUUUCUUAAAGCACCUAGUGUACAUUUGGAUCUAUCUAUCUAUCUAUCUAUCUAUCUAUCUAUCUAUCUAUCUAUCUAUCUAUCUCUCGAUAACUAGCUCACUAUUAAUAUAUCACACUUCUUCCAUUUUAUCUAUCUAUCUAUCUAUCUGA